GGUGAUUAAGGAUGCUUCCGAAGAAUGGUUACAAACGCAACUUUAGAUUUUGAUCACAAAAAUUUCUGUGUCAGUUUUUGAUCUAAUCUUACUCCCCUUCUCUUUCUCCCUCGAGAGAAAGCCAUGGCCGCCGUUUCCGAGAUCCAAAAAGGAGCGAACAACUGGAAAUUUGAAUAUCUUUAGCUCCAGCGAAUGGACGUGGCUUCCCUGCAAGCGUGACCAAGAGAAGAGUAGAAGAACAAGCCUAUUGCUGUUAUCGCUCUCUUCUGUAUCCUAUUGUUUCUGCUCAAGGCUCAAGUAAGUUGAUCCCUUGUCUCUUUUCGUUCAGGCAAUCAUUAGUUGUUCUCUCGAUCAAUCUAUAAAUCAGAUAAUCUAAGGAUAGGAUUUUCUGUUUCGUGGAUAAUAAUGGUUAGUGAAGAUAGAGAGGAAGGGGAUAGGGUUGUUGAUCGUCAGAGGAAUAGGAAGGAUUACAGAAGCGAAAGGCGUGAGAAGUAUAGAGAACAAAUUGAAGAUGGUGAAAUCAGGGAGAGUGGAGAUAGACCAGCUAGAGGUGAAGAUAAGGGUAACAGAGUUAAGGAUAGGGAUAGAGAUAGGGAAGAUAAUCGACGCCAUGAACGGGAGGAGCACAGGGAAUCUCGCCAUCGAAGUUAUGAUAAAGAUAUGAAGUCAUCAGGGGGAGAGAGGGAGGGAAAAUUGGAGGGUGAGGGUAGGAGGCAUAUUGAUGGUAGAAGUUCAAAAGCAGAUGCUGAGGGGGGUGACCGAUAUGAGAAUGGCCAUCGACAGCGGCAGAGUGAGAGUCGCCGGGAUAAGGACAGGGGUGGGAGGUUACAUGAGGAUUCAGACGUCAAUGAUGAGAGAAAAAAAGAGAAUUACAGAAACAGAGAAAGGAAGUCGUCUAGGAAUUCAGACCCUAAUGAUAGGGAACGACGCAAAUUAGAAAAAGAAAGAGAUGGGAGAGAUUAUGAUAGGCAUAACUGGAUUAAUAGAAGUGAACGUGAAAAGGAUUACAAUGACCAAAAUCAUAAGAGGCGAGAGGAACGGCGAGAUGAUCAUCGGCAUGAUAGAGAGAAGAGUAAAAAGGAAAUUGAUGAGAAGGAAGAAGAAGAUAGUAAGAGACUGAAAGAUUUAAAAUCUCAAAAGCCAUCGACAUUGCAAGAUGGGAACCCGAAUGGUGAUACAGCAAACCUGGGGAGGAGUGGAGGAGUUUAUAUUCCUCCAUUUAAGUUGGCUCGGAUGAUGAAAGAGGUGGAAGAUAAAAGCAGCCAUGAAUAUCAACGCAUGACAUGGGAUGCUCUUCGUAAGAGUAUUAAUGGACUCGUGAACAAGGUUAAUGUGACUAACAUUAAGAAUAUCAUCCCAGAAUUAUUUGCUGAAAAUCUUAUUCGAGGGAGAGGGCUCUUUUGCCGGUCAUGUAUGAAGUCACAGAUGGCAUCCCCAGGUUUUACAGAUGUUUUUGCAGCAUUGGUUGGUGUUGUCAAUACCAAGUUUCUUGAAGUGGGUGAUCUUCUAUUGAGAAGGAUUGUUUUGCAGCUAAAAAGGGCAUAUAAGAGAAAUGACAAGCCUCAAUUGCUGGCCGCAGUUAAAUUUAUAGCUCAUCUUGUGAAUCAACAAGUGGCGCAUGAGAUUAUUGCUUUGGAGUUGCUCACUCUACUGCUGGAAAAUCCUACUGACGAUAGUGUUGAGGUAGCCGUUGGGUUUGUCACAGAAUGUGGUUCAUUACUUCAAGACCUUUCACCACAAGGCAUCCAUGGUGAGUGUGCUGGUUAUUCUAGAUAUGUCUUACUGGCAGCUCCAUUUUGGCGUGGUUAUUGAACUUCCACGUCAUUCUUCUGUGAAUGAUUGCAUAUUUAAAUAUAAUUAUCUUAUAUAUCUAAAAUGGCUGCAAUCUUAAAAUAAUUUUUUAUUUUAUAAA